UCGUAAAUGUACACAUAUAUAUAAACAGUGCAAACAAACGUUUUCACAUUAAACAGAGACACCUGUAAAACGCCUGACACUCCCACUUUCCCCACUCAUCAAAAAAGAUCAUCUUCUCCCCCUUUUCACACACACUCCCCCACCUCCACUGUGUGUACUUUCCACUCACCUCUAAUGUGAAAAAUGGCGACGGUCGACUCCGCCAAUCCGUCUUCCUCCCGCGGCCGUGGCGGAAUUAGGGUGGAGGAUUUGAAACGCAUAGACAUCGGCCAGCUGUCGCAGUCGGAAUUGCAAGCCCUAUCUCUAUGCUCCGGUUCCGCGUUCGGCGCGGACGCCGUCGUUUCACCAGACCUCGACCGAUCGCUCUUCAACGAGUCCGCCGGCAGCCGCCGCCAGACCUACUCCCGCCUCCAUCACCGCUCGUCGCACUCCCGCCUCCCUGGCCACCACCCUUCCCUCAAACCCCAUCGCCACCCCCACCCUUCCUCCGAUCCCGUGAGCCACUCUAUUGUACACUUCCUCAAACACUUCCUCAACGGCAACCACAAUCCUCCACCGCCACCGCCGCAUGAACCUCGGGACUCUGGAUCACUCGAAUUGCAAGCAAAUUUGAAAAUUAAGAGCAAAAGGGCGAAGAAAAACAAGAUGUUUUUGGAAGGUGGAGGUGGAACAGAGCUGCAGAAGGUGAAUUGUAAAGGUGAGGUGGUCGAUUUUGCGGAAUUGGAGAAGAAUGGGGAUGAGUUGUACAGAGAAGAGUUGAAGAGAAGGACGGAAGGUUUGGAAACCGAGGAGGGUAUUUUGGGGUUUUUGCAGGGUUUAGAGGGGCAGUGGUGUAGCAGGAGGAAGAAGAGGAAGUAUGUUGAUGCCAGUGUGUUUGGAGAUGCACUGCCUAUCGGCUGGAAACUAUUGCUCGGCCUUAGGAGAUGCGACUAUCGUGUCUCAGUUUAUUGCCGCCGAUGCAUAAGCCCUAGCGGCCAACAGUUUAUGUCAUGCAAAGAAGCUGCAUCUUUUCUGAAAUCCUAUUUUGGGGGUAAUGACGUCUUAUCUUCCAAAAACAAUGCACGCCCUGCCGACAAGAUAUCUGAAGUGGCGCAGCUUGACAUGUCAGCCCAUUCAAACGAGUACGACGAUCCCUUAAUGGGCAUAGAAAACCUCCCCGAAGUUCAAAUUAAGGAUAUCUUUGAAUGUUUCAAAUGCAAAGUGACGUUCGAUGAGAAGGAUUCGUAUUUGCAGCAUUUAUUCUCGGUCCACCAGAAGACUACUAAAAGAUACAAAAUCGGGACUCCGGUUGGAGAAGGUGUGAUAAUCAAAGACGGGAAAUAUGAAUGCCAGUUCUGUCACAAGGUUUUCGAUGAAAGGCGUAGCUAUAAUGGUCAUGUAGGUAUCCAUGUGAGAAACUCCGUAAAAAACUCUAACGAGCUAGCUAUUAUUACUGUGGAUGUACAGAAAGACGCAGAAUCUCAGUUGCAGGAGGUAGUUCCUUUAAGGUCGUCGAAAAUGGAUGCUUUAGUCGAAAUUGCUCAAAGUUCUGUUUUUGAAACUUCGACAAUUGGAACUGGGGUACAAGCCGUAACCAGUUCCCAUCCUGUUGAAAUUCAUGCAGAAAACUUAAGUUCAGACAGAGACCUUGUUCAAGAUUUGAAUCAUGGUACCCAAGUCAUGACGGAGAACAAUGAGAUGGUCAAGAAUGAUUAUGCAUGGAAUUUGGACAUUGAGAUGGACGAUAGUUGCAUUGAUGUCUCUGAGCCUACCAUGUCGAGGAAGUAUGAAAACAGUGCUUUGGAUAUGGGCUAUGGAAACACGUGUCUGAAGCAAAGUGAGGAGAUUGUUUUUCGAGAUGGAGUUUCCUCAUUGCCAUUGGCCCAAUCAUUUCAGUUCUUCCCUCCAUUCGGUUCUGUAUCGGAUAAGGAUGUAGAUAAAUUUUCAGUAGCGGAGCAAAAACUCGAGAAUGAUACAGGGUUUGAAGAACUGAGGUUCGACGAAAUAGAGCCCUUCAAGUACAGUUUCACGAGCGAUCAAGAUUUGCCACCUUUGCCAGGUGGCAACAUGAAUUUGGGAAACGAGAGUGGGAUUAUUGGAGACGGGUUCAGUUAUUCGGUUAUGCUGAAUACAAUGGACACAAAUCAGUUAACUGUUUGUGUGUGGUGCAGAACAGAGUUCAAACUCGAGGGAGUCGAGCCUGAAGCUGCGUCGGAUUCUAUAGGCUAUAUGUGUCCAACGUGUAAGACCAAGAUAUCUGGCCACUUCAGCGUUGGUCUUUCGAUGGAUUCUCAUGGUUUCUGAUUAUCGGAUAUAUUUUUCUUGAGGAGACGAGUUCUAGAUUUUACGGGAAAUGUCGUUUUCCUUGAUGAAGAAUUGAGCAUCCCUCUUUUCAUUUUAGUGUUGUAUAUGAAUGUCUAUAUAUAGCUCGAGGAAAUCACCAAUAAAAUCGUUUCUGCUGAUUUACUUGUAUGUCAGUUUGCCCACGCAGUCGAAACUUGAAGUAGAAACCCUCUCUUAUCUUCUGUGUAAAUAUCUGUCUGUUUAUGGUGUUUUACGCUAUGUAAUCUAGUUCAAUCGUUCGCUUGGUUAAUAUCGAGACAUUGUUUCACAAAA